AUGGAUGGAAAAGCAGAAGAAGCAGAAGGAAAGAGAAGAUGUCCAGACCAGAACAGACCCAACGAAAGGAAGAAGGGAAAGAGCUCGCGUCUCCAAAAGAGAAGAGACGGGGCUGGUGCAGAAGAGUAUGCAGCCGAAUCGCGUCGCGAUGUGGACGCGGAGGGUAGCAGGAACGUGGCCCGCGCUAGUCUCGCUCUGCCUUCUCGAGGUAGCGGGUACUUGACCUGCUGCCCAGCUCGCACGAUUGCGAUUACGCCUGGUUUUCUCUCAGUCGGAGCUGGCGGAGCUGCUUUUCUGCGCGAUCGUGUGUUCGACCAGGUUCAAUGCUUCUGUCCGAACAAUGGACGCGCCGUGGAGUCGUCGGAGGUAAUUCGGGAGGUCCCCACUAGGCCCUGGACGUGGUAUGGCAGAUGGGGCCCUCGCGUGUCCGCACGUCACGCCGGUAUGCGCGCCAGAUCCCAGGAAUCCUUGGGAUUUGACCGCUCUACACGUCGGUCCCGGUAUCCAGCAUUUCGCGUGCCAUCGGCGUCCUCGUAA